GCUAAUCAAGGACGUUAUUUUGUGCUUCUAUUUACACAAAUACUUUAAAAAGAGGAAAGUACCCACACUCUGUUAUGGUCCAGGCCUCAGGUUGAGCACAACCACAAGCAACAGGGGUCACAUUUUCCUUUUUCCCCUAACGUUACAGCAGAGCCAUGGUUCUCUUUCUGCUCAUCUUCUCCCAAGUAUCUCUUCAGGGGUCUGCUGGGAGCCAGGCUCAAAGACAGAUGGUGCUAUCGGAAGAUAUGGGAUGACAGCUGACUAGGGCAGCUGGAGACUGACUCCUUUCAGAAUUGGUCCACCUCCACCCCUCACCGCUCACAAGAGCCUUUAUAAGGCCUCUCCUGGGAGCCAGCUUCUGGCUUUUCUGCUGCAUGUGCCCACCUUCCUGUGCCCCCAUGCCAAGUUCACGUCUCCUGAGUACUUGGAAAAGAAGCAGUCAUCUUUACCGUCCCCUGAGCAUAGGAGGUCAUACUUGAUCAUGUUAUCUGGAACUCAGCUCUGCUAAAUGGGAGAGUAUGCCCUUUUCCCUCCACCACAUCUCCCAAGCUCUUCCCCAAAUCCCAAACUGGCUGAACCUCUCAAGUUUCUCUCUCAUCUUCCCUCAACGAAGGACUUCUUGAGUAUACACUGUCUGUGCCCACCUGCCUACUCCUCAUCUGAUGACAUCCCAACUCUCAUCUUCACACCCUUUCUCCCUACCUCAGCCAGCCCCAGGAACAUGCUUGCACCUCUAGUCACAAUUUCUUCAGCCUCACCUGGCCACUGGCAGGGUCACACUGAUAACAAACCAGUUGCUCUUUAUUUUGUUAGGAAGUGGAGAUUGGCAAGCUUCUUCAGGCAAGCGUUUGCAUGGGCUGGGUCGCUGAGCAAAAGGAGAAAGACAUUUGGUGACCAGAAGAGCAACGGAGGCUGGACACCCAGGCCUGAGGAAUGAAAUGAGAAGAGAUUUUAACCUGACGCAUUUUUUGGACCAGAUUAUGCCCUGGUAUAUUGCCACUGAAAAUGUGGUUAUCACACCAGGAGCAUCAGUAUCACUCUGGAGCUUAUUAGAAAGUCAGAACCUGGGCCUCGCUGAAUCAAAAUCUGCAUUUUAACAAGAUCCCCAGGUGAUGAGUAUGCCCACUACAAUUUGAGACGUGCUGUUCCAGAGCAUACUGGGUUUGGCGUUUGAGCCUUCUUAGACUAGUCCUUUCUCUUUUAUCUUCAUUUGGAUCGAAGAAAUCAGUUUUCUUAUUGCUACUGGUACCUUGCUCAUUAUUGUUUUGCAUACGGGUAAUAUUAAAAACAGCAUUUACUGAGUGCCUGUCACAUGCCAGUCAUGUUUUAUAGAUGAGGAAACCAAGGUUCUGUGACAUGCCCAAGGCCAAACAACUAGUGAGUGGUAGAGCUGAGACUGUAAGCCAGAUCCAUAUGCUCCUCAAAGCUCCCAAACUUUCCCCUUUGUAAUGAGGCCAUUACAGUUGAUAAAACUGUACAACUGUAAAGUUGUACAUUACAACUGUAAUGAGGCCAUUAUAGUUGAUAAAAGUCAACCCAGACUCUCCUGUGAGAUACAGAGGGAAGAAAGGGGAAGGGGCCUCCAGGCAUGAUUUCCCCAGAGAGGAAAGGCCCUAGCAUACUUCAUGUCCUAAGGGAGUUUGCAUAGCCCUCUCAGGAGUCAGAAAUUACUGGAAUUGAGGCCAGAGGCCAAGGGAAACUGGAGUAGGGAAUUAGGAGUGUUAAUGAAAGAAAAACCCUGACUCUAAUUCCCCAAGAUAAAUUAAAUCCUGGUGUCGGAGCCUGGGCUUAGGGGGUGCAACAAAUCCACAUAGGGCUGCUCUGGAUUCUGGCUACUACGCUAAUCACUUAGGGCAUCAUUUGGAGCCUCAGUCUGGGGCCUAGGACUACUACAUCAUAGCAUGCUAGAGCGGGAAGGGUCAUUUGUGACGACUGAAUUCAAUGUUUUAUUUUGCAGGGAGGAAACAGAAGCCCAGAGAGUGGGAGUAAGUCGCCAGAGGUCAGAGUAAAUUCAUGGCAGAUCCAGGGAUACUAACCCCAAACACCACAUUUCCAGCAUUGGCACCUUUUCUAGAGUUGAAGUCUCUGGUGUGAAAUUGGGUUUUCUUUGGAUCUGCUCAAGUCCCCAUAGGAAGUGCAGACCCCUGUAAAUACAUCCCAAAAUGUUUGUGAGCCUUCGUAUCUUACCAGGACCUUCACCUUGGAAAAUCUCUCAGUCACUUGCCCCCAGCUAUAUAAAAUCAGCUGGAUUGCUACUCCUCUGGACCUGGAGGCUGCUGGUCCUGGCUUAUCUGUACUUUUCUGGGGCCCAGAGGACCUGCAGAGAUGGCUGGGUGGGGUCAACUCAGUCCAGGAAGCACAGGAAUUCUUUUAAGAGUAUGUGUCUGGGGUAUUUUUCUCUCUCACUUACGUGUAUUUUUAAAAAUUCUUUUUAGACACCCGCUUUAUCUUUCCCAAACAUCAUUUCCUUGCUCCUUUCCUGAGUUCUAGCAGUGGCUGGGGGCCCAGCUUCCUUAUUGGCCUCUGAGCUGCCAAGGGGGUGGGCCAGGGCACAGAGGAGGUUGGAGUAGGGAGCAGGGGGGCUGUUUAUGCUGCUGGAAGUGCCUUUCGUCCUUCCCUUUGCCACCAGGGUGGCUGGUUCCUAGAGCAGUGUCUUCACUCCUAUCCAGCUCUUGACACUGGCUUUCAUUCCCUAAGGCUGUGGCCAUAUCUAGGUCCACCCAGGCUGAUGGUCAUACCUUGCCUUCAGUACUACUCCUUCCUGUUCUUAGAACUGGAAUCUGACUGUGCCUGAGCCCCUCGGAUCACACUCAGCAUCUUGGGCUGAUGGUCCCUUGCCCCAGAAGGUCUUAACUGGAGGGCAGAUGGGUCCCAGCUAAGGGAGGACGCUGGCUGGAGGGUUUGUCAACGAGAGUCUGAGCUAGCCGGAUACCCCGCUCUCUCCCAAGCCAUCUCUCCACCCUGGGCAACUUCCAUGGAGGAACGCCCCUGUCAGUAGGCCGCACUCAUGGCAUGUGGCCAAGCUGCUGGAGGGAUGCCCUGAAGCAGCCACCACCAUGCAUUUCCCUUCCGAAGCCUUCAGCUUGUCCUGGCAUUCUGGCUGCAACACAAGUGACGUGUGUGUGCAGUGGUGUCCACUCUCCCGGCAUUGCAGCACUGAGAAAAGCAGCUCCAUUGGCAGCAUGGAGAGCCUGGAGCAACCAGGCCAAGCCACCUAUGAGAGCCAUCUGUUGCCUAUUGACCAGAACAUGUACCCUAACCAGCGUGACUCUGCCUACAGCUCCUUCUCGGCCAGCUCAAAUGCUUCUGACUGUGCCCUUUCCCUCAGGCCAGAGGAGGCAGCCUCUACAGACUGCAUCAUGCAAGGCCCAGGGCCAACUAAGGCCCCCAAUGGCCGGCCUAAUGUGGCUGAGACCUCAGGAGGUAGUCGGCGCACCAAUGGUGGCCACCUGACCCCCAGCUCUCAGAUGUCAUCCCGUCCACAGGAGGGACACCAGUCAGGGCCUGCCAAGGCAGUCAGGGGCCCACCACAACCUCCAGUGAGGCGGGACAGCCUUCAGGCCUCCAGAGCCCAACUCCUCAAUGGAGAGCAGCGCAGGGCAUCUGAGCCUGUGGUCCCCUUGCCACAGAAGGAGAAACUGAGCUUAGAGACUGUGCUACCCACAAGGAACCCUAAUAGGUUCUGUUGCCUCAGUGGGCAUGACCAAGUGACAAGUGAGGGCCAUCAGAACUGUGAGUUCAGUCAGCCUCCUGAAUCCAGCCAGCAGGGCUCUGAGCAUCUACUGAUGCAGGCCUCAACCAAAGCUGUUGGAUCCCCAAAAGCCUGUGACAAAGCUUCCAGCACGGAUUCCAACCCACUCAAUGAGGCUUCCGCAGAGCUAGCUAAGGCUUCUUUUGGCAGACCUCCACAUCUCAUAGGACCCACAGGGCAUCGGCAUAGUGCCCCUGAACAGCUGCUGGCAUCCCACCUGCAGCACGUGCACCUUGAUACUAGGGGCAGCAAAGGGAUGGAGCUUCCACCCGGACAGGAUGGGCACCAGUGGACUCUGUCCCCUUUGCACAGCAGCCACAAAGGGAAGAAAAGUCCAUGUCCCCCUGCAGGAGGAACCCAUGACCAGUCCAGCAAAGAAAGAAAGACCAGACAAAUGGAUGACAGGUCUUUGGUUUUGGGACACCAGAGCCAAAGCAGUCCCCCACAUGUAGAGGCUGAUGGACACCCCUCAGAAAAAGGUUUACUGGACCCAAACAGAACAAGCAGAGCAGGCAAUGAAUUGGCCAACCAGCAACCCUCUGCCUCUGGCUCCCUUGUUCAAAAAGCCAGAGACUGUUCUUCAACCACUAAAGUAGCUGGUGGCACAGAGGCAGGUGAAGAAGGAGACAGUGAGCACAAGGAGUGCAGCCGGAUGGGUGGUAGGCGAAGUGGAGGGACCCGGGGCCGCUCAAUCCAAAACCGGCGGAAGAGUGAGCGUUUUGCUACCAAUCUGCGUAAUGAAAUUCAGAGGAGGAAGGCCCAGCUCCAGAAAAGCAAGAGUCCCUUGUCACAGCUGUGUGACACUAAGGAGCCAGUGGAAGAGACCCAGGAGCCCCCAGAAAGUCCUCCACUCACUGCCUCUAACACAUCUCUUCUAUCUUCAUGUAAAAAACCUCCUAGCCCCAGAGACAAGCUCUUCAACAAAAGCAUGAUGCUCAGAGCUAGGUCUUCUGAGUGCCUCAGCCAAGCCCCUGAGAGCCAUGAAUCUAGGACAGGCUUAGAGGGACGAAUAAGCCCUGGCCAGAGGCUUGGCCAGUCCUCUUUGGUCCUGAACACCUGGUGGAAAGCACCCGACCCAUCCUCCUCAGACCCUGAGAAAGCACAUGCUCACUGUGGAGUCCAUGGAGGUCAUUGGAAAUGGUCUCGAGAGCAUAAUUCACAGCCACUUGUGGCAGUAGCCAUGGAAGGCCCUUCCAACCCAGGUGACAACAAGGAAUUGAAGGCUUCUACUGCUCAAGCUGGGGAGGAUGCCAUCCUCUUGCCUUUCGCAGACAGAAGAAAGUUCUUUGAAGAGAGUAGCAAAUCCUUAUCUACAUCUCAUUUGCCAGGUUUAACCACUCAUAGCAACAAGACUUUUACCCAGAGACCAAAACCUAUAGACCAAAACUUCCAGCCAGUGAGCUCCAACUAUAGGGAAUUGAGGCGCCAUCCCAUGGACCAAUCAUAUCACUCCGCAGACCAACCAUAUCAUGCCACAGACCAAUCAUAUCAUUCCAUGUCACCCCUUCAGUCAGAAACUCCCACUUACUCAGAAUGUUUUGCAAGCAGAGGUCUAGAAAAUUCCAUGUGUUGUAAGCCACUACACUGUGGUGAUUUUGAUUACCACAGGACCUGCUCUUACUCCUGCAGCGUUCAGGGAGCUCUAGUCCAUGAUCCUUGCAUUUAUUGUUCUGGGGAAAUCUGCCCUGCCUUGCUAAAGAGAAAUAUGAUGCCAAAUUGCUACAACUGCCGGUGCCACCACCACCAGUGCAUUCGGUGUUCAGUUUGCUAUCAUAAUCCUCAGCACAGUACCCUCGAGGACAGCAGCUUGGCACCUGGCAACACUUGGAAACCCAGGAAGCCGACAGUGCAGGAAUUUCCUGGGGACAAGUGGAAUCCAAUAACAGGAAACAGGAAGACCAGCCAGUCAGGGAGGGAAAUGGCUCAUUCCAAGAAUAGCUUUUCACGGGCAACCCCUUUCCAUCCUUGCCUUGAGAACCCAGCACUGGACUUGUCAAGCUACCGAGCAAUUUCUUCUCUUGACCUCCUUGGAGACUUCAAACAUGCUUUGAAAAAAUCAGAGGAAACUUCAGUUUAUGAGGAGGGGAGCUCCCUUGCCUCCAUGCCCCACCCACUGCGCAGCCGUGCCUUCUCAGAGAGUCACAUCAGCUUGGAUCCCCAAAGCACCCGGGCCUGGGGGCAGCAUAGGAGGGAGCUCUUUAGCAAAGGCGAUGAGACCCAGUCAGAUCUUCUCGGAGCCAGGAAGAAGGCCUUUCCUCCUCCUCGCCCUCCUCCUCCCAACUGGGAGAAGUACAGGCUCUUUCGUGCAGCCCAGCAGCAAAAGCAGCAACAGCAGCAGCAACAGCAGCAGCAGAAGCAACAAGAAGAGGAGGAGGAGGAGGAGGAAGAAGAAGAAGAAGAAGAGGAAGAGGAGGAGGAGGAGGCAGAGGAGGAGGAAGAGGAGCUGCCACCCCAGUAUUUCAGUUCAGAAACCUCUGGUUCCUGUGCUCUCAAUCCCGAGGAGGUCCUGGAGCAGCCACAACCCCUCAGCCUUGGCCACCUGGAGGGCUCGGGACAGGGUUCACAAAGUGUCCCAGCAGAGCAAGAAUCCUUUGCACUCCAUUCCAGUGACUUCCUGCCUCCAAUAAGGGGUCACUUGGGAUCUCAACCUGAGCAGGCUCAGCCCCCUUGCUACUAUGGCAUUGGUGGGCUUUGGAGGACAUCGAAACAGGAAGCCGCUGAAUCCGCCAAACAAGAGUUUCAGCCCUUUUCGCCUCCUCCAGGGGCCCCAGGAAUCCCUACCUCUUACUCGGCUUAUUACAAUAUUUCUGUGGCCAAGGCAGAGCUGCUGAACAAACUGAAAGACCAACCUGAGAUGGCAGAGAUUGGCCUAGGAGAGGAGGAAGUUGACCAUGAACUGGCUCAAAAAAAGAUACAGCUUAUUGAAAGCAUCAGCAGAAAACUUUCUGUCUUGCGGGAGGCCCAGCGAGGGCUGCUAGAGGACAUCAAUGCCAAUUCUGCCCUUGGGGAGGAGGUGGAGGCCAACUUAAAAGCCGUCUGCAAAUCCAAUGAAUUUGAAAAGUACCGCUCGUUUGUUGGGGACCUGGACAAAGUGGUCAACCUGUUGCUGUCACUCUCUGGACGACUGGCCCGGGUGGAGAAUGCUCUCAACAGCAUCGAUUCAGAAGCCAACCAGGAGAAGUUGGUGCUGAUAGAGAAGAAGCAGCAGCUGACGGGGCAGUUGGCAGAUGCCAAGGAGCUGAAGGAGCACGUGGACCGCCGGGAGAAGUUGGUGUUUGGCAUGGUCUCCCGCUACCUGCCUCAGGACCAGCUCCAAGAUUACCAGCACUUUGUCAAGAUGAAAUCUGCUCUCAUCAUUGAACAGCGAGAGCUGGAGGAGAAGAUCAAGCUUGGGGAAGAGCAGCUCAAAUGUCUCAGGGAGAGUCUACUCCUGGGGCCCAGCAAUUUCUAAUUCUACCAGCACUCUGCCACAGCAUCCCUGCCCAGCCACAGUGGGAAGUGCUUUCAAUCUUUGUUAGCAGUUUCUCAGCAAGUAGAUAGCAAUUAGCAGUUUGUUCCAGCCCUCUACCCUGGAUGUCUCUCACUGCCCCUUCCCUAGCAGUGGUCCUAACCAGCUAGGAGACCCUGGGGAAGCCACAAGCUUCUACCCAAGGGAGCUGCAGCAAGGUGUGAUCUUACAACCACACUCUCCUUCCCACAGUUGCCAAGGGCAAGUACUUGCUGCACAGAGAACCAAGGAAGUGCCUUCAUUCUGCUUUGUACUAGGACACCAAAGACACCAAGUGCUCAUCACCCACCCAUAUCAUCAACAGCCUCUAAAGGCUCAAAGGGAAGCUGCCUUGCAGCUCUACUCUGCCCCAGGGCUUGUGGCCCAGCCAUUUCUCACGGAGAGCUGGCUGCCUUAAGGGCAUUCACCUGGCACCAGUUUCAGGGCCUCACCCAAGCUUUGCAGGGGAAAGCACAGAGGGAGG